CAGAAAAUGUCGGCUCCAGUCCAGUGUCCGAUCCAUCCAGACGUGCAUUUGAUCGAAGAUCACCGUGCCGGGGAUCUGGUCUGUCCGGCGUGCGGCUUGGUCGUCGGUGAUCGUCUGGUCGACGUCGGAACCGAAUGGCGUUCAUUUUCCAACGAACGUAGUGGAAAUGACCCAUCUCGUGUCGGAGCACCGGAAAAUCCGCUGCUCAGCGGCGGAGAUUUGAGCACAACUAUCGCCGUGGGCUUUGGCGGCUCCGACAGUGAUAAUAGUUUGGCGAAUGCUCAAAGAAAGUCAAUGAACAAUACGGAUCGUCAAAUGACCGCCGCGAUGAGCCUUAUUAGGGAAAUGAGCGAGAGAAUUCACUUGCCAAGAAAUAUUCAGGACAGCGCCUCCCGUAUAUUCAAAGAUGUGCUCGAAAGUAAAGCUCUCCGCGGAAAAAACAACGAGGCACAGGCGGCCGCGUGCCUAUACAUUGCGUGCCGAAAAGACGGCGUUCCCCGUACUUUCAAGGAAAUUUGUGCGGUUUCUCGAGUCUCGAAAAAGGAAAUUGGACGAUGUUUCAAGAUUAUCGUACGGAGUUUGGAGACGAAUCUCGAGCAAAUUACAUCUGCAGAUUUUAUGUCUCGGUUCUGUGGAAAUCUAUCGCUACCCAACUCGAUUCAGGCGGCAGCCACGAGAAUUGCAAAAUGCGCGGUGGAUAUGGAUUUGGUCGCUGGCCGUACCCCCAUCUCAAUUGCCGCCGCCGCAAUCUACAUGGCAUCACAGGCGUCUGCAGAAAAACGGUCUGCCAAAGAAAUUGGUGACGUGGCAGGAGCCGCCGAGAUCACCGUGCGUCAGACUUACAAGCUGCUCUACCCGAAGGCACUCGAGCUUUUCCCAAAAGAUUUCCGCUUUGUCACUCCAAUCGACGCUCUUCCAAACUCAUAAAAAACCACCAAAGUAUUUCUCCACGAUUUCCUCACCAAAGCGCCAUUCCACACACACCUUCAAUUUGAAAAACAAAUAAUAUUUUUCUCUCCGUCUCUCUUGUCUCUCAUCUUCUCUCCGUCUCUCUCCUUAUCAACUGGUUACCAUAGUGAUUGAUAUUAGAAAUUUCCAGCCGUUUUUCUAUUACUUCUCCCUCUGAAUAGUGAUAUCUCAUGUGAAGAACCGACAUUUUUUUUUUGCUGCUUUAUCGGAUUUUUUUGUUUUUCUAAUCCCCUAAUCCUGCUCCUAAGGUCUAAUAAAUGCACAUAUUUGG